AAUCCUUAUCCCAUUUUUCAUUUUUUCUUCUUCGAUGGCUCUAACAAGAAUACUUCGCCUCUCAAGUUCUCCUUCUCUACACCAUUGUGGCCGCGCCUUCUCGACUGCUCUUAAUCACAUCCCUGUAGUUUUUCCUGACACGAUUAAUCGCGGCUCGAAAACAUGCAGCAAACGGUUAAUUGGACCCUUUCUCCGAAAUUUUUCUAGCUCCCCUGAGGUUUCGGAUGAGUACUUGCAGAGUUCGGUUACUGAGGAUUUAAUUUGCAGUGUCAAAUCUCUUCGUAGGGACGUCGAGUCGUUGCGAACAGAAGUCAUUUUACUGAGUGCAGCGGUUAGUUCAAUUCAAAAAUGUAAUGCACGGAGUGUUGCAGGAGAUAAAGAUGAUGGCAAUGAUUUUGUUGGCGACUCGAAUGAGAAAGAGACCGCGAAGAAGAGUGAUUUUUCUGAAGCAAUGGCUACUCAUUUUAAUGCAAGAUUUGUGAUUAAUCCAGAGAAAAAAGUGGUUGAAAAUAUGAGUGAUUUUUCGUGCAACAGGGACGAGAAGGAGAAGAAGACCGAAAAAAUAAGCGAUUUCUCUGAGGCCAUGGCUACUCACUUUAAUACGAAAAUUGUGAUUAGUCAGGAUGACAAGGCUGCAGAAAAGAUGAGUGAUGCCUCAGAGGCGAUACGGAUUCGUGACACCGGGGACAACAAUGAGAAGCUCGCAGAAAAGACGAGUGGUUUUUCAGGGGAAAUGCCGAAGAGUGAUAUUGAGGGAAACAAUGAGAAUACCACAGAAAAUUUACAGAAGAGUGAUGCUGAGGAGUACAAUAAUGAUACCGUUUCUAAUUGCAAAGAAAAAGAUCCGCUCCUUAAAAAAAUCGAAUCAGAGAUAUCGCAUGCUGAGGAAUUCAGUCGUGUGUCUAGCCAGGGUGUAAACUUUCCGGAUGAUUUCCCCUUCAACGUGGAGAAUGAUAUCCCAGGGUCCGAUUCAAUAACUUUGAAACGGCGGUACAAAUCGAAAGAUAUUAUUGUCCAAGCCGGCAAACCUUCUGUCUUCACUCCAAUUACCGCUGAGUACUAUCAGUUUCAUAAGAACAUCAGUUUUAGGAUGCCAAUACAUGUUGAAAUCCGUUGUGCUAACUCCGAGGAGAACGACAUUGCAUUCGACUGUGCUGCAUACGGCACUGGAUAUUCAAUCGAAAGUGUUUAUAGCGGUGAAUGUGUUUACACCAAUAAGCUUGAUUUUAGUGAACUGAACGACAGCCUGAAAACGGAAUUCAGGAAGUAUUUAGAGAACAGAGGAAUCACGCCCAGCGCGGCCAAUAUCAUAUUCGGCUACAUGCUGGACAAAGCCAACAGAGAAAAAUUAAGGUCUUUAUAUAACUUGAAGAAGCUGUUGGAGGCAGGCAAAACAUCUUAGUUGCAUGAUCGUUUCAUUGUUUUCGUAUGUUCGUAUAACUCUACCAAUUUAGUUCCUUCUUUGCUGUCAGAUGAACUAAGUAUGUAUUAUGUUCCGGUACUUAUGCUCUUUUGGAGUUGCUCCCUGCUCUAGCACACCACUGCACUUCAUGAUGUCGUUAUUAUGUUGUUGAUCUUUUAAAAUAUCAACGUUUCAAAAG